UCCCGAAGCCAGAUCGGUUCACCGAACUGGAAGUCGGGGAUUAUUAUGUCAUUUGAUCUCAUCACUUGCUCAUCACAAUUAAAAAUGUUCAAGUUCAACUUCGACGUGGAGGACGAUACUGAACAUUACAGUACAGCUGUAAAUCACACAACACAGAACCAGGGGCACGCUUCCGUGGAGGCGGCAGUCGUUCCUGAUGUAUUCACGGAGCUUUUUCUCGCAGACGCAUUAAACAGCCUACCGUCCAAAAUAUCUUACUCUCCAGUCACGAUCCCACUUGCCAACGGAGGUGAACUUUCCCUUCCACGCCGUGAUCUGUUCGAUGCGAGGUUUCAAUUGAUCUCUCAAAAUGUUGAUGACCCGGAUGCAUUGGAGCAACCGUCCGUCAACGCACGGUCGGCGCUGCACUUUUUAGAUACACCCUCUGACCUCGUGCCUCUCGUCUAUGAGGGCGGCUUGAAGACUUGGGAAUGCAGUCUUGAUCUUGUCAGCUAUCUAGACGGCAUAAAGUCACAGUUUGAUUUUAGCGGCAAGCGCGUGCUGGAGAUCGGAUGUGGCACCUCGAUUCCAUCGCUAUACAUCCUUCAUCGAAUAUUCUCCUCCCCACCUUCUCAGAAUCAGACACAUAUACACCUCCAGGACUAUAACGCCUCCGUGUUGGAAUUGGUGACUAUUCCCAAUAUUAUUCUGACCUGGUAUCUGUCAGAGGCAGCAGAGACAUACCGCAAAUCAGAGGAGCGGGCAGACUCUCCUUUGGAAUUGAACAUCUCGGAAAGUCUUAAAGACGCGUUCCAUCAAUCCCUGGUGACCUAUGGUGUCGAUUUACGUUUUUUCUCUGGCUCAUGGGACAUUCGACCUCCAAAAUCA